AUGGCAGAGUACGUCCCGCAGCCUCCCUCCACGUGGCCUGCAGGCCCACAGCCCCCUCACGCCUCUGCCAUCUGCCCACUGGAGCCCAUGGAUCUGGGGGUCUUGGAGCAGCAAACGCUACCAGAGCAGCCACCAUCCUCCCCGGAGCUGGGUGAGGACGAAGAAGUCACAUCCCCACCGGACCCUGAUGUUCCCUACCCCGACUUGGCCCCGGUUGUCUUCUUCUGCUUGAAGCAGACCACCAGCCCACGGAACUGGUGCAUCAAAAUGGUGUGCAACCCCUGGUUUGAGUGUGUCAGCAUGAUGGUGAUUUUGUUAAACUGCGUUACCCUGGGGAUGUACCAGCCAUGUGAGGAUAUGGACUGCCUUUCUGAUAGGUGUAAAAUCUUGCAGGUGUUCGAUGAUUUCAUCUUCAUUUUCUUUGCUAUGGAAAUGGUCUUAAAGAUGGUGGCCCUGGGGAUCUUUGGCAAGAAGUGUUACCUUGGAGAUACCUGGAACCGCCUGGAUUUCUUCAUUGUUAUGGCUGGGAUGGUGGAGUACUCCCUGGAUCUCCAAAACAUUAACUUGUCUGCAAUCCGUACUGUCCGUGUCCUGAGACCCCUGAAAGCUAUCAACCGUGUGCCUAGCAUGCGCAUCCUUGUGAACUUGCUCCUGGACACCUUGCCUAUGCUGGGGAACGUUCUUCUUCUCUGCUUCUUUGUCUUCUUCAUCUUCGGCAUUAUUGGGGUGCAGCUGUGGGCUGGGCUGCUUCGCAACCGCUGCUUCAUGGAGGAGAACUUCACAAUACAAGGUGACAUUGUCCUUCCCCCUUAUUACCAGCCUGAGGAAGAUGAUGAGAUGCCCUUUAUCUGUUCACUGUCAGGAGACAAUGGAAUUAUGGGCUGUCAUGAGAUACCCCCACUGAAAGAGCGGGGCCAUGAAUGUUGUUUGGACAAGGAUGAUUAUUAUUACUACAACUCAGUCCGGCAAGAGUUCAACAUCAGUGGCAUGUGCGUCAACUGGAACCAAUACUACAACGUGUGCCGUACAGGCAAUGCCAACCCACACAAGGGUGCCAUCAACUUUGACAACAUCGGGUAUGCCUGGAUUGUGAUAUUUCAGGUGAUCACACUGGAAGGGUGGGUGGAGAUCAUGUACUAUGUGAUGGAUGCCCAUUCCUUCUACAAUUUUAUCUACUUUAUCUUGCUGAUAAUUGUGGGCUCCUUCUUCAUGAUCAAUUUGUGCCUGGUGGUCAUUGCCACACAGUUCUCAGAGACCAAGCAGCGGGAACACCAGCUGAUGCAGGAGCAGAGGGCUCGGUACCUCUCCUCCAGCACUGUUGCCAGCUACAUGGAGCCGGGAGACUGCUAUGAGGAGAUCUUCCAAUACAUCUGCCACAUCAUGCGCAAAGCCAAACGCCGCACCCUUGGGCUGUAUAACAGCAUACAGAGCCGGCGCCAGGGCCACGUGCAGCCGAACAAUGCCAAGCUAGGCAUGAACAGGAAAAGCCAGAGGCACUACAGGCUUUGCCAGCAGCACAACUCUCUUGAUUGCCCUCCUCAGGACUUUGUCCAGCCCAUUGCUGUGACAGCAACCUCUGAUCCCACCAACUGCCCCCGAUGCCACAGGGUGGAGCAUGAAGCAUCCCGAAGGCUCUCUGUCCUGGAUAACGCUGACCCAGAGGAGGAGGACAGCGGAGCCAGCAAAGAGGAGGGAGAGGUCAGCAGAGAGGACCAGGGUGCCUCAGCGCUGGAGAAGGAGGAUGAAGAGGUGGAAGAAGGUGGACGGCUGAAGCUCUGCAGUGACAUGUGGCGAGAAGUGAGGAUCAAGCUUCGAGUGAUUGUGGACAGCAAGUACUUCAACCGUGGGAUCAUGAUUGCAAUCCUAGUGAACACUAUCAGCAUGGGCAUUGAGCACCAUGAGCAGCCAGAGGAAUUGACCAACAUCUUGGAGAUCAGCAACGUUGUCUUUACAAGCAUGUUUGCCCUGGAGAUGAUCCUGAAACUUGCUGCUUUUGGUCUCUUCGAUUACCUCCGCAACCCCUACAACAUCUUUGACAGUAUCAUCGUCAUUAUCAGCAUCUGGGAGAUCAUCGGCCAGGCAGAUGGAGGGCUGUCUGUGCUGAGGACUUUCCGUCUUCUGCGGGUGCUGAAGCUGGUGCGUUUCAUGCCCGCGCUGCGCCGCCAGCUUGUGGUGCUGAUGAAGACUAUGGACAACGUAGCCACCUUCUGCAUGCUCCUCAUGCUCUUCAUCUUUAUAUUCAG